AUAGAAAAGCCACCAAACUCUGCAUUCUCUCUACUCUGCCGCCUCACUCCUGCCUCUUGUCACCUGGUUGUAACUUGAAUUACAGAGAGGUGGCAUUUACAGUCGGUCAAGAUGGUGAAGUUCACAGCGGAAGAGUUGCGAAGGAUUAUGGACUACAAGCACAACAUCCGUAAUAUGUCCGUUAUUGCCCAUGUCGAUCAUGGUAAAUCAACCCUUACCGACUCCCUUGUUGCUGCCGCUGGUAUCAUUGCACAAGAAGUUGCUGGUGAUGUCCGUAUGACGGAUACCCGUGCAGAUGAGGCAGAGCGUGGUAUUACAAUCAAAUCUACUGGAAUCUCUCUCUACUAUGAGAUGACCGAUGAGUCGCUGAAGAUGUUUAAAGGAGAGAGAAACGGAAAUGAGUACCUUAUCAAUCUCAUUGAUUCUCCUGGGCAUGUUGACUUUUCAUCUGAGGUCACAGCUGCUCUUCGUAUUACUGAUGGUGCACUUGUGGUGGUGGAUUGUAUUGAGGGCGUCUGUGUCCAAACUGAGACCGUGCUCCGUCAAGCCUUGGGAGAAAGGAUCAGGCCCGUUUUGACCGUUAACAAGAUGGACAGGUGCUUCCUUGAGCUCCAGGUGGAUGGUGAGGAGGCCUACCAGACAUUCCAAAGGGUUAUUGAGAAUGCUAAUGUCAUCAUGGCUACCUACGAAGACCCUCUUCUUGGUGAUGUCCAGGUCUACCCUGAGAAAGGAACAGUUGCUUUCUCUGCUGGUUUGCACGGUUGGGCUUUUACUCUUACCAACUUCGCCAAGAUGUAUGCUGAUAAAUUUAAGGUCGAUGAGGCAAAGAUGAUGGAAAGACUCUGGGGUGAGAACUUUUUUGACCCAGCAACCAAGAAGUGGACCAGCAAGAACACUGGUUCUCCUACCUGCAAGCGUGGUUUCGUUCAGUUCUGUUAUGAGCCCAUCAAGCAGGUUAUCGCUACCUGCAUGAAUGAUCAGAAAGAUAAGCUUUGGCCCAUGUUGACAAAGCUUGGAAUCACCAUGAAGGGUGAGGAAAAAGAUCUGAUGGGAAAACCAUUGAUGAAGAGGGUUAUGCAGACCUGGCUGCCUGCCAGUAGUGCCCUAUUGGAGAUGAUGAUCUUUCACCUUCCCUCUCCACAUACUGCUCAGAGGUAUCGUGUGGAGAAUUUGUACGAGGGUCCCCUGGAUGAUCAGUAUGCUAAUGCCAUCAGAAACUGUGAUCCUGACGGUCCUCUUAUGCUCUAUGUAUCUAAGAUGAUUCCCGCAUCUGACAAGGGUAGAUUCUUUGCCUUUGGCCGUGUGUUUGCUGGGAAGGUCCAAACAGGUUUGAAGGUUAGAAUCAUGGGACCAAACUAUAUUCCUGGUGAAAAGAAGGAUCUGUAUGUCAAGAAUGUACAGAGGACUGUUAUCUGGAUGGGAAAGAAACAAGAAACUGUUGAGGAUGUUCCCUGUGGUAACACUGUGGCCUUGGUCGGUUUGGAUCAGUUCAUCACCAAGAAUGCUACCUUGACAAAUGAGAAGGAAAGCGAUGCUCACCCUAUUCGUGCCAUGAAGUUCUCUGUCUCACCUGUUGUGCGUGUUGCUGUUCAGUGCAAGGUUGCUUCUGAUCUUCCCAAGCUUGUUGAAGGGCUUAAACGUCUGGCCAAGUCCGAUCCUAUGGUUGUCUGUUCUAUUGAGGAGUCCGGAGAGCACAUUAUUGCUGGUGCUGGUGAACUUCAUCUUGAGAUCUGUUUGAAGGAUCUUCAGGACGAUUUCAUGGGUGGAGCUGAGAUUAUUAAGUCUGACCCUGUUGUGUCUUUCCGUGAGACAGUCCUUGAGAAGUCCUGCCGUACCGUGAUGAGCAAGUCUCCCAACAAGCACAACCGUCUGUACAUGGAAGCACGCCCAUUGGAGGAGGGUCUUGCUGAAGCCAUUGAUGAUGGUCGUAUUGGUCCAAGAGAUGAUCCUAAAAUUCGAUCCAAGAUCCUGGCUGAGGAAUUUGGUUGGGACAAGGAUCUUGCUAAGAAAAUCUGGUGUUUUGGCCCUGAGACCACUGGUCCUAACAUGGUGGUUGAUAUGUGUAAGGGAGUCCAGUACCUCAAUGAAAUCAAGGAUUCUGUUGUUGCUGGGUUCCAGUGGGCUUCAAAGGAAGGUGCAUUGGCUGAAGAAAACAUGAGGGGUAUCUGCUUUGAAGUCUGUGAUGUUGUUCUUCAUGCUGAUGCUAUUCACAGAGGAGGUGGUCAGGUCAUUCCAACCGCCAGGAGGGUCAUCUAUGCUUCCCAGCUGACAGCCAAGCCAAGGCUCCUUGAACCGGUGUAUCUUGUUGAGAUUCAAGCACCUGAGGGUGCUCUCGGUGGUAUCUACAGUGUUCUCAAUCAGAAGCGUGGACAUGUAUUUGAAGAAAUGCAGAGGCCUGGUACCCCACUGUACAACAUCAAGGCAUACCUGCCUGUCGUUGAGUCUUUUGGGUUCUCUGGUCAGUUGAGGGCUUCCACUUCAGGACAGGCUUUCCCGCAGUGUGUGUUUGAUCAUUGGGAGAUGAUGUCUUCUGAUCCAUUGGAGGGUGGUUCCCAGGCAGCUGUGCUGGUUCAAGACAUCCGGAAGAGGAAGGGUUUGAAGGAGCAAAUGACCCCGCUUUCCGAUUUCGAGGACAAGCUUUGAGAGACUCAUUUUAUUCUUAUCUGGUUCCCAUUGAUGAGAAAAGUUACUUUGCUGCCUGUAGUACGAUGCACUCACUGCCUAUUUUUGUUUCAGUUUUUCAUCGUCAUGUUUCAAGUUACCCUGUUGUUGUUGUUGUUGUUGUAGUCAUUCUGUUGAAAUAGUUGCAAUUUGUGUUUCGUUAUGUUGGUACAUUAUAUUUUGAUUUUAGCUUUUACCAUGA